AUGGUUGUGCCGCACUACACAUAUCUGUUAUGGAGGAUCCCCGGACCUAAGGGCCCAGUAACAGUCAAAGGAAGUUUUGCCCUGGCAGAUAAGUGCGACAAGGACUUUCACAAGCUUUCUGAAACAUUCGGAGUGCAAGCUGAAUACGAGGCAUCUAAGCUGACCACCAACUACGACGUGUUACCAGAUGGAGGUAGAUCCUUGCAGGAGCAAGCUUUCGACACCUCCGAGGAUUCCAAGGAGGUGCAGAUCCACCCGACCGAUUCUAAAAAGACAACAUCCAUCGCGGCUAACUUGGAUAGCGCAUAG